GAUGAUCGUGUUUUAGGGAUUGUGUUUGUAUAGAGGGAAGCUAGAAAGUUCUGUUAAUGUUCUCUGUUUAGUGACGGCGAUUUAUAUUUUAGACUGCUUUCGUUCGAAGUUUUUGUUUGACUCAUGAUGACACAAAACUUUAGUGAUUGCAAAUGUGUAACAACGUCGAUCAUUUUUCACUUCACUGUUAAGAUUGUUCUGAUGGGCCUCACUUCUACCUUUUCAAUUGCAAAUUCAAAGGAAUACGUGAUGUAACAUGUUUAAUGAAUAUAAAACAACAUAAAUGAUCAUUAAUCAAAGUAGAUCCUUGAUGUGUAGACCAGAGAGCUAUUAGGACUGUUUUUUGAUAUUCAUUUUUUUUAUCGUAGCGGCUGAUGCAGGGUCUUCUAAAAAGGGCCUAAUUAUGCUUUACUCAACUAACUCUCUAGUUUCUUUAAUAGGUGCACUAUUGCAAAAAAAAAUAAAAAUAUAUAUAUAAGGUAUUAGUAGGCAUGGAACAUGAAUUAUAAGGGGUGCACAGCUUGAUUUUUGCCAUCUCAUACCACAAAGUUUUAAUGAUUUUAUGAAUUUGUUAUUAUUAUUUCUAAUACUAGUAUGGGUGGCAUUAACCUGCCUUGGGUAUACUUACCUUAUUCGUCUCCGAGAUUGGGAGACUGCCAGUUUUCUUUACAUGAUAUCAAUACAGGAUCCAAAUGUUGUCUUACCGAGUUGUGACAAAGAAUACAGAGAACGAGCUGUUGUAAAGUGGAUUGGUACUAGUUAUUUAAUUAUGGUUUAAAAAUUUAAGGGGGGCAAAUCGCAAAUGAACUGUGAAUGAGUUAUAAAUCUUGCCCUCCUUUUUUUUUGUUUGACUAUUUUUUUAUUGAUUAAACACUAUAAAUGCACCUCUUCUCUUCCAAAAAAACGUUGUGAGCACGCUGACAUUGCUGAUUCAGAAAGAAAGAGGUGACUUGUGUUAUCUUAUUAUUUCGCUUUUCUCCGUUGAUCUGUUUCUUUUUACAUUGAUUUGGUGACUUGAAUGUUGCUCUUAGAUCUAUAUAUGUAAUCAAGAUUAAGAAGCUCUCUGACUUAUCAUAUAACUUGUUGUCAUUGACAACCUUUAUUGAUUUAGUUUGGUUGUUAAGACCAAACACUGGAUCAUUUCGUUGUUACUUGUUUUGGGCUUCUUUAAUUGGAGGAUUCAAUCCUCGAUAGAACCAUCUCUACAUGAUAUCUUCCUAUCGAAAAGUUUAGAUUGGUGAUCGUUGAGUUUCGUAAAGACUGAAUUUAAAUAUGUUUUGUGCAGAAAAGAUGAAAAACAUACAUUUGGUUAAGAAUCUAAACAUUGAAUUCAGAAAAUUUUGGUUUAAAAAUCUAAACAUCUAAUAUAAAGACUUAACGGCCAAGCUGAUGUAAAAUCUAAACAUUUUAUUGUUAUUUUCAUCUUAGAUAUACGUUUGGUUUUGGAUCAAUUAUACGCUUAUUACGCUCCAUUGUUUUAUAAUUGAGAAUGUAAAUGUCAUUAAAAUAAAAUGUAAGCUAUAUUUCAAACUUAUAAAAGACUUGAGGGUAAUUUUAAAUUUGCACAUAAUUUGGGGUAUUCUAUCAAAUAAUCUCUAAUUUCUAUCACGGGUUUUGAUAAUUUCUGUCUUGCAUUGAAUUUCUUCACUCUCCUUGUUCAUGGCUGAUUCUUGAAAAUUGUUAUUCCUACCAUGCCUGCAUUAUACUCUACUGCUCUUAUAUAUUAGCCAAUAUUUCUCACAAGCUUAAUUAGGGUUUUGAUUUUUGUGGAUUGAUUUGUUUUACGGUUUUGGAUAGCUAUGGAAUUUCCUUAUUGAAUUAUGUUGACAGGAAGUAUGGCAUGCAUGAAGCUGGGAUCAAAAUCAGAUUCAUUCAAAAGACAAGGCCAGGAUUGGUUUUGCACAACUGGACUUCCAAGUGAUAUCAUCAUUGAAGUUGGAGAGAUGUCUUUCCAUCUCCACAAGUUUCCCUUGCUCUCAAGAAGUGGAGUCAUGGAAAGAAGGAUUGCUGAGGCGUCUAAAGAAGGGGAUGACAAAUGUCUCAUUCAGAUUUCUGAUUUUCCUGGCCGAGACAAAACGUUUGAGCUAGUCGCCAAGUUCUGCUAUGGUGUGAAGCUUGAACUCACUGCCUCCAACGUUGUAUGCCUCAGAUGCGCUGCUAAGCAUCUCGAAAUGACAGAAGAGUAUGGGGAAGGAAACCUAAUUUCCCAAACCGGAAAGUUUUUCAACCAAGUCGUCUUCAAGAGCUGGAAAUAUUCUAUAAAAGCGCUUCAAUGCUGCGAUGAGGUCCUCAAGUACGCUGAUGAAUUCAACAUUACCAAGAAAUGCAUUGAAUCAUUAGCCAUGAGAGCAUUGGCAGAUCCAAACUCGUUCGUGGAGCAUGGUGGUGGGCCCAUGCAGAGUCCAGGGGGCAGCGUUUUAUGGAACGGGAUAAGCACAGGGGCUAGACGUGAAGACACUAGUUCAGAUUGGUGGUACGAGGAUGCGUCCAUGCUUAGUUUUGCUCUUUUUAAGAGACUUAUCACACUCAUGGAUUCCCGAGGAAUAAGAGAAGAAAUCGUCGCCGGUUCCCUAACCUAUUACACCAGAAAAUACUUGCCUGUCUUAAAGCGACGUCACAGUGGUAGUUCUUCCAUCACACCUUUGAGCUCAGGGAGUAGUGUAUUAUUGUCUGAAGAAGAGCAGAAACACUUGCUUGAAGAGAUCCAGGAGCUUGAUCUUCCCUGUAUGCAAAAAGGUUUACUUCCGACCAAGUUUUUCGUAGACAUGCUUAUAAUCGCCAAGAUUCUGAAAGCUAGUCCGAGUUGCAUAGAGAAUUUGGAGAAGCGGAUAGGGAUGCAGCUUGACCAGGCGACGUUGGAAGAUCUUGUAAUGCCUAGCUUUUCUCAUACUAUGGAGACUCUAUAUGACGUUGACUCUGUGCAAAGGAUCCUGGACUACUUUCUUAGUAGGGUUCAUACUAUGCCCGUAGGGGCUAGCUCCUCGUGUUCUUCAGUAGAAGACGGGAAUUUAAACGGAUCCCCACAGUCAAUGGCAGCGGUUGCGAAGCUGAUAGAUGGGUAUCUUGCUGAAGUUGCUCCUGAUGUCAAUCUCAAGCUUGCAAAGUUCCAAGCUUUAGCCGCUUCGGUUCCUGAAUACGCCAGACUCUUAGAUGACGGGCUCUAUCGUGCAAUAGACAUCUACCUAAAGCAUCAUCCGUGGUUAGCGGAAACAGAAAGAGAGGAUCUUUGUAGGUUGUUAGACUGCCAAAAGCUCUCUACGGAAGCUUGCACACACGCAGCACAGAACGAGAGGUUGCCUCUAAGAAUAAUAGUCCAAGUGCUCUUCAUCGAGCAACUUCAGCUCAAGGCCUCUGUUGCUGAAUGCCUCCCGGUUUUAGGCAGCCUCGAUGGCCGGUCAAGAAAGUUAGGAAGCAACGGAUUUUCAGGAGAAUCAACCAAAGGAGGAUGGGAAACCGCAGUAAGGGAGAAUCAAGACCUGAAAGUUGGAAUGGACAAAAUGAGAAUGCGGGUUUGCGAGUUAGAGAAAGAAUGUUCAAAAAUGAGACAGGAGAUUGAAAAACUCGAUAAGACAACAAAGGGUGGUGGUGCUUCUGGAAGCGGCAGCAAAACGUGGGAAAACGUUUCUAAGAAACUCGGAUUCGGUAUGAAGCUGAAGUCACAUCAAAUUGACAGUGCUCAAAAAGUAUCCAGCUUAAAGUCUAACAACGAGAAUGUGAAGAUAGAGAAGCUUAAGGAUGUCAAAGAGCGUCAAGGGAAGUAUUAGUUCGGAAAGGUCAGAAAUGGAAAAAGUUCCAUGGAUUGAUUGUCAAGUUACCGUAUUUGGAAAUUGGAAUUGUUUAGCUUUUAAGAAGAAAAGGAAGCGUUUGUUGUUAAAAUGUGUGCAUCUUAUCUUUCAUGACCAAUCUAUGUUUUUUUAGGUAUCUUAUUUUUUUGGAACAAAAUUUUUGAGGUGGUAAAGAAAAUCUCAAUUAACCUCCACAAUUCUAAAUGAAAUUAUGAAGAGACAAUUAUAUCCUUUGCCCGGUUAUACAAUGAUUUAAAAUGCAUAAUUUUUGAAUAACGAGAACAUUCAAAUUUAGUAGGAUCCAAUUUCGAAAAAAAGAGUUCAUUUCUCUUUCGUAAAAAUUGAUAUAAUUGUUUGAGACAACUGAGAUAACAACAACUGAAAAAAAUUAAUAGAAUUGGAACAACUAACAAAACUGAUACAAUUAGUACAACUAAGGUCAAUAAUACAAUUGGGAUUGGAAAAAAACAUUUGCAAGCAUAUUUCAAGCUGGUUUGAUAGUAAAAACUCCAGAUGUUAAUUGUGUUUCGGUUCUGUGACUCUUAUGUUUGUGUUCAAUUUGUGUAACGUUUGGGAUGUUCUUUUGUUUAGUAAUACUAGAGACGAAUGUGAUAUGCUCAAAUAUAGUCUGAGCUACUUUACAAAUUUAUAGGUGCAAUAGUAGUAAGUAGGGUCAAAUCCACUGAGACUCAAAAUCACUCAAUAGAUAUCAAAUUUCGAAUUAAGUUAAACAAAGAAAAAUUUUGUGCAAAUAAAAGAGAAAUAAAAACGGUUGUAAGGUAGAUUAGGAAAAACGCUAGACUUAGGAAUAUUCUCAUGUAAAUCAGAAUUGCAGAUCAAACAAUUUGCUAAAAGUUUAUGAAGAACAGUUUUGAACUCAAAUCACAAUAUUCAAAUUAAUCAACUUUCGUUGCAGAGAUUACAUAUGUCUAGAUCCUAGAAUUAUAAUGUUUUUUCAAAUUUAAUAGUUAAGACAAGCAUUAAACACAUGUUUGAUAAGUUCACAAAAUCCAUAAACCAAAUUUCUUUGGAGAUAAGUAUUUUCCUCUUCUAAUAUUAAAUCAGAAAAUCAAUCACACUUUCAUAUCUACCAAUUAUCCUAAAAUCUAAAUUUUAGGUUGUCAAUCCACAACUAGCAUUAGGUUCAAUCUAGAUGAAGAAUAGAAGAUUACCGUAACAAUUUUAUCACUCGAAUAAUUCAUCCUUAAGCAUUGAAAAACUCUAAAUCUAACAAAUAGAUUACUCAGACAUAUUCAAUGAAACAUAAAUCAUUACUUAAAUAAAUUGCAUUAAAAUAAAUAAAGUAAAUAAAAAAGUUCGAAAUCUUCUCUUUGUGAAUUUUGAUUUGUCUCUCUAAAAACCUUAAAAAAUCUCUCACCCAGUAUGAAUUCUCAUACAAUAACUCUUACAAAAAAAACUAAAUAUGGUCUAAAACACAAAAAUAACUUAUUUGCAAAAAGCAUAAACUUUUGAUCAGUCUUAAAUUUUUUGAACUUGUUAAAAACUCGUCGAGAAGUGUUGUCUCCGACACCAAUGUGUGGUGUUGACCAACACCAAUUCCAAAGAUACAAUCUCGACUUGUUCUUUUCAGCUGCAACUCUUCUUAAUGGUCCAAAAUGCUUCAAAAUUUUCAAUUUUGUCGAAAACGUACAUGAACCUGCAAUGACUCAAAAUUACUUGAAAAUACCCAAAAGACUUUGAUCCACUAAAAUAUGAUAUAUCAACUCUCUAAACUUAGUUUUUGCUUAUCCUCAAAUAAAACAGGAGACUAAACAUGUAAAAGAAGUUUGAAGAAAUGACACUCACAUAUCUUCUGAACAUUAUUUUUACCUCAAUCAGUGUAAGCCACAUCAACUAGUACCAACCUUAGAAAGUAUUUCUAUGUAUUCGACCUCUACUUAACAACCUAACCAUUUCAGCCCACAGUUCAUAAGAGAUAUCUAAAUUCAGCACUAUUGACCUCAUUUAAAGAGUUUAAAGUGCAGUCUCAUUGAAGAAAAAUCGAUCACAAGAGACAUGGACUCUUACUCAUUCAGGUUUCUGAUCACAUAAAUAGUCUUACUUUGGUUUAUUUCUUCUCUUUUUUCUCACUUCACUUAGUUUAUUUAUCCCUACUUUACAUGAUAUCAUUUUAUUUUUCUAUCGAUUGAGUUUAUUGGACAUGCUUCCAUGAGAUACAAAUACUAAUGAGGAUAACUAUUGAGUGUCUGGUUUACUUUUUUCUUAUAAGGCUUAUCCUUUUAAGUUUUAACCAUUGAGUUGUACUGUCUUCAAUCAAUAACUGAAAGAAUGGUAACUAAGGCGUCAAUUAGACGAUUAGUCCCAAAAAAAGUCAUAGUUCCCGACUAACUUUGACGCAAUUAAACAACACAAUUAACACUCAAAAACAAACACAGCGUUACCAACUACUUCCCCAAGACACAAGUAUAUAUAUUUGUUAUUUAAUAAUUAUUAAAAUAAUAUUUAUAUAUUUACAAAGUAUUAGUACUUUAAAAAACUGUAUAUUUAUAUUUUUCGUAAGAAGAGAUAGUAAAAUUUUAUUAGAUCGGAAUAAGAAAAAUAAGUAUGAAUAUCUUUUCAGUUAAUUUAUUUUAAAUAUUUAGAUAUUUAGUUGAAUAAUUAAAUUGUUAAAAAAAUAUUAAAAAUAUAGUUAAUAUAAAUGUCUAAAUUUGAUUUAUCACACAAUAAACCAAUAUAUUCUUUUUUACACCUUCUUGUUUUAAGACACCCAUAUCAUGAAGAUAUCGAAAUGUUAUAUUUAGAUUUUGACUGGUGUAACUGCAGCUGAUACGGUUGCGGGAGUUUGCAGAUGCGGGUGGUUGCGGUUUUAAGUAGUUUUAAGAGAUUUGUACGACUAGUACUGCGGUUAGAAAUUAGUGCGUUUGUGGGAUACUUAUGACUGACAAACCACCAAAUACAAUAGCGGUUAAAUAAUAAAUUAAUAAUAUAUAUAUUUUAUAUAAAUAUAAAAAUAUUAAAAACAUAAUAUUAUAAUAAAUAUAAAAAU